AGUCUGAUUUUUUUUUUCUAUAUAUAUUGUGCAUACUUGCUCCUACUCUUAGAACCCUAAAACCUACAAUUACACAAUUACAUACUCUCACCUCCUCCAACCCCAUUUACUCUCUCUAAAUUCUUGACCUUAGCUUCAUCAAGAAUAAUGGCAACACUUAACCGUUUAUUUGAUACUCAAGAACAAAUAUGUUACGUUCAAUGCAGUUUUUGUACCACCAUCUUACUGGUGAGUGUGCCAUAUAGUAGCAUGACAAUGGUGGUGACAGUGAGGUGUGGUCAUUGCACUGGUCUUCUCUCAGUCAACAUGUUGAAAGCUUCCUUUGUUCCCCUCCAUCUUUUUUCUGCCCUUAACCAAGAUCAGGUAAAUUUUAAGCACCAAGAGGAAGUAGAUACAUCAAAGGCUAUGGACAGGCACAGUACUACUUUGUCCAUGUUACCCUCUUCGGAAGAAGAUAAUGACGAUGAGGAAGAGGAUGAUGAAGAUAACAUUGCAAUUGAGCAAAUUGUUAAUAAACCUCCAGAAAAGAAAAGAAGGGCACCAUCAGCUUACAACAAAUUCAUCAAAGAAGAAAUCAGGAGGUUGAAGGCUAGGAAUCCUAAUAUGACUCAUAAGGAAGCCUUUAGCACUGCUGCUAAAAACUGGGCUCAUUUCCCGUCGGUCCAACAUGAAGUUGAUGAAGAUAAUGGUAGCCAUGAGAACAGCAUGACACAAAACUUAGACGACGAAGAUUAAGCUCACCGAGUUUCUUCUUUUUCGCAUUAACCAAUCUUCUUUAGGGUUGAGUUCUAAGCAACUAAUUUGAGACUGAAAAUGGGAGCGUCUCAGUUCACACGAUCUAGAGGUUUUAUGCAUAUGGUAGUAUUUUAGCCCCGUGUGUGUAUGUACGAGUUCUAUUUAAGUGCUAUUGUGUUUGAUGAACGAACCAUUAAUGCAUUAAUGAAAUAGUAGUACUAUUAUUGUACUGUUUUAUGAUAAAAUCAUUAAAAUUAAUUAAUUUAUGAUCAAAUA